GAGCGUCCCGCCGUUCGAGAAUGGCGUCUCUCGAUAUAUCGCAGCUCUCGAGAUAUCGAAGCGGCCGCGACUCUCGCUCGUUCGUUCCAGCUUUCUGCACUCGAAUGGAGAGAGUGCAAGAGAAGGUGGAAGAAUUUAAAGAGAAAAGUGCAAUCUCUGUUCUUUCUUCUUUCUUCCAUGAAGUUGCAUCUCUUCCGUUUUAAACCCUCGACGCUUUUCCUCUCGCUGUUUCCUCCUGCGGCCAUGAGUCUUCUGCGGAGGCGCUAGUGCACGGCGAAUAUUCACUUAUGAUUCAGCGCAGGUGGUUUGCUGUCGCGCCAAAUCGAGGAACUGUCCGUUGCGAGCCGAUUCAAAUCCGACGCUACGCUCCUACGAUUCCAAUAAAAUCUUAAUAUAUCUGUUACUUGUCACUCAAGUUCGCUUAAAAUGUGUCGUUAUCCGCGACUUCGAAUAAUCAGCGUAAAUAUCGAGUGAGAACGAUGUGCUCCGAUCGUGAAACCGCAAACGGUUCCGGAGAGCGAAACAACUCUUCUCCAAUUGUUUGUCGCGUUAUCGUUCAAAAAUGUCCAUAUGUAGAUGUAAAUGUGAUAUGUAGAGAUGCUGGAUGUAUGGAAUUCAGGUUCAUUAAGUCCAUUGAACCCAAAUGACUGUGGGACUCAAUCAUUUUUCUGUGAUUAAUUUCGUCUUUGAUUGACUGUGCAGUUGAUCGUUGAUUGUUUUUCGUGCACCCGUUGUUACAAACGUAUAUGAUACGAUUACAGGUCUAGUCUGUAUCCGCGCUCUUUCUGUAUCGCAAGAGAACGUUUGUUCAUUCUAAAUAUGUCAUUCGACAGAAUAAUGAAGGACCAUAAAUUUCCUGUUGGACAUACACUUCCUGAAAAUUAGCGAGAUCUGAGAGGACCCUGCAUUCAAUUCCAAGAUGAUUUGGCUCUUGUUACUUGUUAUUCGUGAAACAUCAGCCAGCAACGGCAAUAUGAUCUUAAGAGACCUGGGAGAGAAGGAAUAUUCCCUGAUAAAAGCAAAGUCAUCACUGCCACAACAUGGAAAAUGUUGGCAUACCGCGCUACAAGCGUUGGAGAGUAGUUGUGACAAAUUGAACGAUCAGGAGCACUCGCUUCUCGCCUUGCGCCUAGCGAAUUGUUUCCUGGAGGAUUCCGGUCACGCGACCUACGACUGCUAUCUCAGUGAAACGGAAGACGAGCGUCGGAAAUGCAUUGGCGGCAUGGCAGACCGAGCGUUCAGCGUUUACAAUGAAUUCUACACUCACGCAACUCAUAUCUGUUUCUUUUUGAAUCAUGAAGCUUGGCAGGCUGAAGUUGAUAACACUAUCAAGUUAUUGUUUCAAGUAUCUUCCCGAAUGAAGGAUCAAUUGCUGGAAGCAUCGCAAAUGCAAGGUGUAAUAUUGAACAGUCAAAAGGAGGGUUUGCGCAUUCAAAAUGAGCUUUUAGAUCACGGCAAAGAACUCGAGACUGUACUACAGACUUCGUCCGAGACAGUCAGCAAUAUGGUGUCGGAUUUCAAAGAAUCGGCUAAGGAUCAGAAAGAGCUGCUUUACGAGAUCUUUUCAUAUAUACGCACUUUCCAAAGCUGGAUUAUUGGAGAAGUGUCUUGGUUUCAAUCCAUCAUAUUUUACACCGUCAGCUGUAUUCUCUGCGCGUUAUUCAGUGCUUCUAAAAGAACGGUUGAUGCAAGAGUUGCGCUUUUUAGUAUUCUAAGCUUAAAUAUAGUGGCUGAGAGAAUACUGGUUCAAUAUUACGAUAAGAUUAUUCCUCAGUCUCCGGAUGAUAAGACGCACCUGUUAAGUACAACAUGGUUGUACAGAAAAAUUGCCUUAACACUUUGUGCUGUAACAUUAUUCUGUACAUAUUACUAUUAUAAAGACGAACAGUUAGAGAAUUAUAAGGCUUUACAAAGAAUCGAGCAGCAAUUGGACGUCAUGCAGAAAACUACAACUAUUUCCAACACGAUUGAACCAAUUCGUUACUCGAGACGGCUCGCGUUGAAACGUUUGCACACAAUUUCUGAUAAACUGGAGGACACCGCCGACGUUAAGAACAGCAAAUAAUUAUUUCAAAUUAAAAGCCUAUCAUGUAUAUACACGCUUUACUAAUAUAAUUGUACAAAUUAAAUUAAAAUAAAAAUAUUUAUGAAUA